AUGAACAACCGAACUCGUGGCAACAGCCGUAGAGGCCUGUCCCGACGCGGACGCGGUCAGUAUUCCGGAGGAAGAAACAUGGGUCACCCUCAAAUUGGAGGUGUCCAAGGGCAAGCGCCUGAUCCUGCAAGAUAUGGAACAUAUCCCGUUCCAGCGGUGCUUCAAGGCUACCCUCAGGCCUACCAACCUGUUCCUUUCCCUCCUCCUCCCCCAGUUGUGGCAUACCCAGCGUAUGGACAAGUCCCUUACGCUGCGCCGCCCUAUCCAUAUGUGUAUCCUUCUCCUUACGUCCCGGUGGUGUACCAAAACGCGGUGCCGCCAGGUUAUUAUCCUUAUGCGCAUCCUGUGCCUGCAUACAUGCCUCCACCCCAACAGGGUCAGGUGAAUAAUGCAGCUCAAGGUCAAGCGCAUCUACCUCAACUCACACAGGGUAAAGGCAAUUAUCCAGCUCAAGUCCCAGGCCAACACCAUGGUCCCCGUUUACGUCGCCGCCAUCGCAGUCGCGUUCAAGCUCGCGGCCGGGGCAAUGGCAGAGGUAACAGGGGACAGCCAAAUAGGCGUCUGUUGGGCCGUGGCAAUAACUCGGGAGUCGUAAGAGAAGACUCGGCGCGACAAGCAGCGCAAGUGGCUCAGAGGAGCUCCUCCCAGGCUAGGGAUGCAGAGAGCAGCUCUCUUACCGCUCUUCCCGUUCCAAUCGAGCAGUAUUCCGAUGUGAACAGCCAAGGAAUAAAGCAGGAGGACACUGAAUAUAAAUCCCCUCCAGUUCCCCAGUACGCUGAGUCAGAUGAGGUGAAGAGAGAGCCGGUGAUCAAGCAAGAACCACAAUAG